AUGACUCGUGUACUUCUCACCGGUGGAUCAGGCUUUAUCGCCGCUCAUAUUUUAGAGAGUCUGCUGGAGCAUGGCUACUCUGUUGUGACUACUGUUCGAUCAGCACAGAAAGGUCAACAAAUUCUUGACUCGCACAAGCAAUAUGGCAAAGAUAAACUCAACUACGUCGUCGUCGAAGAUAUCGAGAAGCCUGGAGCUUUCGAUUCGGCUGUAGUAUCGGACCCACCGUUCGACGCAGCUGUUCAUUGUGCCAGUCCAUAUCACUUCAACGCCAAAACACGUGAUGAGAUCCAUCAACUUAUCAGUACCGCUAUUAAUGGUACAACUGGUAUCCUUAAGGCCAUCAAGGCUCAUGCCCCCACAGUGAAGCGCGUGGUUAUCACUUCUUCGUACGCGGCUAUGGUCGACUACGGCAAGCCGUUGACACAUGUCUAUAGCGAAGUAGAUUGGAACCCAAUCACUGAAGAGCAGGCUUAUUCAAGUGCCCCAUUCGCUUAUCUGGCAAGCAAGACCUUUUCCGAGAAGGCAGCUUGGGAUUUCGUGAAGGAUGAAAAGCCUGGAUUUGACCUCACCACUAUCAACCCACCCAUGGUCUACGGCCCUGUCAUUCACGCGCUCUCCUCCCUUGACUCGAUUAACACUAGCAAUGCUCGAUUCACUUGGCUUUGGCACACGUCCGGAGCUUUGGAGAAACCAGAGGCAGCAGGCCAGCGCUUCCUAGUUACUGCAGGAAACUACAGCAAUGCCGAAGCCGCUCAGAUUAUAGGCGAAGAAUAUCCUGAGUAUAAGGAUAAGAUGCCAGUUGGCGAGGCCUUGAAGCCUGGCGAGAGGCCUGCUACGGGAGUGAAUGGGUACGACAACAGAAAGAGUAUUGAGGUUCUUGGCUUAAAGUAUAGGACAUUCAAGGAAUCCGUUGUUGGCGUUGUGGAUAGCAUCAAGGGACUGCUGUAA